UGAUACUGAUCCACUUUAAUUUGUUCAGAUGUGUGUGGAUAGGAUUUUUCAGAGAAUGGACCCGUCCAGUAUUAGCCUUCAGCUGAGCUAUGUGAAGUCAUGAAACCGCUGGAAAACGAUGUUGGAGAGUUAGUAAUGAGUGACAAGGAAAUGGCGGAUGAACUAAGUAUAUCAUGGAAGAUCGAAAUGAGAGGGGUAUAAAGAUGAGGCAGAACCCAAGCACAUCUACAGUGGACCAGAAAAGAGAGACAGGAAAAGCUAAAAGAAAAAGAAAACGGAGUAGAAGUAGAUCUUCUUCCGUGACUUCAACUUCAUCGUCUUCAUCAUCAUCAUCAAAUUCAUCAUCUUCAUCGUCCUCAUCUUCAAGAAGUCGAAGCAGAUCGAGCAGUAGAGAAUCCCAGAAAAAGUCAAAAAUUAAAAAAAGGAAGAAAGAAAAACAACACAAAAAGCGAGGCAAAAAGGAAAAAAAGAAAAAGCGAAAGAGGAAAAAGAAUGCAUGUUCAGGGCCUGUCCAGAUUUCUAAGUUUCUGAAAGACCGAGACAAAAGUGAUAAAUAUAGCAUGAUUACAGGAAAGAGGAUAAAAAUGAAAGUUAAAAAGACCAGAGGUGAUAAGGAGCGAGACCGAAAUCGAGCUGAACUCCUUCAGUUCUUGAACUCUGCUAUGUAGAGAAGAUUUGCAUCAGUGGGAUUUCUAAACCGUGAAAUGAAGGCUCUGUAAACAGCAUGGACUUUGUUACUGAAGACCAAUGUGUGCUUGCUCAGCUCAGGGAAAACCCCUUCAUAAGUGAAUGGAGGAGACUUAUAUUCCAGCGAUAAAGGUUGAAAUCUGACUGUAUGAUUUUGAAACAAUUAAGAUAAAACAAUCUAAACAAGA